GAAAGCUUAUUAUUGUAUAUUAGAUACAAUGAUAAAUGUUUUAAAAACAAGAUUUUCUGAAGAAAGCUUUCAAGUAGCCUCAUCAGUAGAUAAUUUACUAAAAUUGAAUUUUGAAGGUUCUUCAUUUUUAAUUGAUCAUUACACGGAUUUAUUUGGAAUUUGUAAUCAAUCACUGAUGUCUGAAAUGUCUGUUUUAAGAAACAUUUUGGGUGAAAACUCUAGUUUAGAGGAAAUAAAACAGCAUUUAACAUUAUAUGAUGGCAUAAAUUUUUGUAAGAUUUUUCAAGUAGCUGUUACUUUUCCUGUAAGUACAGCGACCUGUGAGAGAUCAUUUUCCACUAUGCGACGUAUAAAAACAUGGUUGCGUACUUGUAUGAAUCAAGAUAGGUUCAGCAAUUUAAGUAUUAUGAAUAUAGAAAAAGACAUUCCUAUCAAUAAUGAAGACCUACUAAAUAUUUUUGAAAAAACCGAGAGGCGUAUACAAUUACAUUAAAUAUAUCUAUUUA